ACAUGUUGACUGCGGUGGUGCCUAUAUUAAACUUUUUCCUGAAGAUGUGAAUCAAGAGACUUUGAAUGAAGAUACCAGGUCCAGAUAUAUGUGGAGAGGACAAAAAAAUAGUGCAAGUUAUUUUUAACUAUAAAGACGACUACUAUAUGAUCAAUAAGGACAUCAAAUGUGAGACAGAUGAUUUUACUCAUCUGUACUCUCUGAUAGUUCGUCCAGACCUUACUUAUGAAGUGAAGAUUGAUAAUUAUGUGGCCGAAGCUGGCCAUCUAGAAGAACACUGGGAUUUCCUUCCUCCAAAAACCAUAAUUGAUCCUGAUGCUCCAAAACCUGACUACUGGGAUGAAAGGGAAACUAUUGAAGAUCCCAUGGAUAAGAAACCAGAUGACUGGGACCAGCCAGAAAGAAUUCCUGACCCACAUUUUGAAAAACCAGGUGACUGGGAUGAAGAGAUGGAUGGAGAGUGGGCACCACCAUUGAUUCCAAACCCUGAAUAUAAGGGAAUGUGGAAACCUCGUAUAAUUAAAAAUCCCAAUUAUAAUGGCAUCUGGGUCCAGCCAGAAGUAGAUAACCCAGAAUACACUCCAGAUCCUAGUCUUUACAAAUAUUUCAACAUCAGUGUUAUUGGCUUGGAAGUUUUACAGGGAAGAUCUGGUACAAUCUUUGAUAAUUUUCUUAUUACAAAUGAUGAAAAGUAUGCUGAAGAUGCUGGUAAUGAAAUGUGGGGUGCUACGUAUGAAAGAGAAUGGAAGAGAAGAGAAAGGCAAGAUACGGUAUAUAAAAAGAUAAAUGAAAAGGAGGAACCAAAGGGAAAAGAGGAUAAGAAAGAAAAAAAUGAAAAAGAUCCCAAUGUUAAAGAUGAACUCUAAUGAAUCAAAAUAUAUUGCAUAAUUGCCACUCAAUAUGUUGUUCUUAAGUUUGGGGUACAAAUUGUUCAAUUUGUUAAUAUUUUUAAUAUCUAUUAUUGUAAUAUCUAUUGUUAUUUUGUAAUAUCUGUUGAUGAAUCCCAGACAUCAAAUGGCAAUAAAAAAUCAAGACAUAUAAAUUGUUGUGCUUCUAGAUGGGUAGUAAUAGUGCAAGUAAUGCUAAUAACUCGUACAGUGCAAUCCUAUGCAGAAUUACUCCAGUCUAAGCUUUUUAUGUAGGCAACUUGUGCAAUAUAGGGAUAUAAAAUAUAGCAUACAGCCACUGAUUUAAUUCCAUAGUGAUAUUCUUUGAUCUCCAAACCAGGGAUCAAUAACAUGAUAUGGGACUUAAUUCUUCCACCUCGUGUAAAAAUGUCUUUCCUAUUCAUGGUUUGCUGUAACUGUAAAUUAGUGUAACAUAUGCAAUAGAGCUAAUUACAGUUAUAACUAAGCAGGAUUGCCAAAACCAUGGUUUGCAAGAACUUCAAAGUAAACAAACCAAAGAAUAUCAUAGCAGGAUUCAUUUUUUCACCCUGUUAAGACGUCAUCCACAGGCAGGCACAGUACUAUCCAGCUCUUUAAAUGGAAAAUAAUAGAAUUCCGAACUUCCAAGAACUCUGCUUGAGGCUUAGUGAAGUCUGCCCAAUCACAGAAAGCCAUUGCAAGGCGGGUCUAGCAUAACCCACAGCUUUCUGUUUAAGCUUUUCCUUUUUAAAGAACAGAAGAUCAAGAAUCUGAAAGCAGGGUUCCAAAUUCUCAAAGAACUAGGUCUGUAACUCAUGAAUUCACAUGCAAGCAAUGACUGUGAGGAAGAACCUUAAGACACAAACUCAGGAACAGAGAGUAGGAAGAAGCUGUGAUUACCAAGACACAGAUGCAGCAUAGGAAAAGACCAAAGCAAUCAAUGAGAUUUCUCCUCUUAUGUUUAUUAUUGUUUAUAUGAUUGAACAUUGAAACUUGUUAAUAUUUUUUUUAAAAGGAAUUGAGAAUGAGAUAAAGGAGAAGGCACAUAACUGACACUAAUAUGAAGGUGUUAGUGACUGAGCUAAAGGUCAAGUUAGCACUUCAGUCACAAAAUAUUGAAAGGCUCCAAGCCAAGAUUCAUCCUAUGAUGGCUUGUUUCCAAAUGGGUCCUCCCUGCAGACGUCAAGGUGGUGCUUCUUGGGCUCUUCUGAGCCACCUCUACUCCACGGAAGUAGGAGGAAAACCAGAGCUGGCUCUGUGCUCUAGCAAAGAGAUAGUUUGGAGAAGGAGCAAGUAGAUUCCAGGAAACUCCGUGGCAAGCACCACAUUGGAAUUGCUGCCUCAAGGGUUGCAUCUUUCUUUUUGUACCUGAAAAUCUUAACUUUUAUAAGAUUAAAGCAUGCUGCCAGUCUUAUUUUAUGACAUUUUAAAACUAAAAUAUUAAAACUAAAAAUCAAACUUUUUAUUGUGGGUCUCCACUCGUGAUCUCUUUCCCUCCCUCUCUCUCUCUCCCUCUUCUCACUGAAACUCAAGGCAGAUUACACCCUGUGAGUCAAUACAAUCAAUAGGCUAAGACAUCUAGGACUGCAUAAAUCUAAAACAAAGUAUAAGUAUUAAACAUUACAUGUUAAUGCAGAAAAUAUUACAUAAGUAGAAAACAAUGCACUGAGCACAAGAAAAAACAUACAGCAACAGAUAAUACAUACUAUGUACAGUAGUAUAUUCUGUAGUCCCAUUCCCUUUAUUAAAACAUCCUCCUGACCAUUCAACCUAUUUGGGGGGGGGUGGCUUUUCACAGUCCACUGUUCAUCUUCACCCACAAUAUGUAUACUAUAUCAGAGUGUGCCCAUUAGCACAUUCAGAUUCACCUAUUGAAGCUGCCAGCAGUUGUGCAAUGUUUAUAGGAUCAGUAUGGAUUAGCAGACAAAGAGGAAGUCACAUUUAACCCCACUAUACUGUGUAUCUAGUUCACUAUUGCUCAGGACAGAGUC